AUGACAGAACUCACCACGACAACCCCACCCCCCGCAGCUGCAUCUGCAUCUGCAUCUGCAAUCCCCAAACAUCCCGCGGGGUCCGAUGCAGAGCCUAGCACCCAGCAGAUGGAGGGACACGAGCAGUCAAAAGACACAGCAGGCUUUAAAGGAAAGGCCACGAAACCGAAGAUACGUCUGCAUGCCGAAGAACUUCGUCACCCAUCCUCGGUCUCGUUCUUUACUCUCGUUCCUGAUGUCACCUCGAAGCUCGACACAGCCCUCGACAACAUCAUCAAAUACCUAUACACGUCGCCAGCAACAAAAUCGGAAGAUGUUGAGAGCUGCAAAAAGAGAACUUGGCCUUCUUUCGACCCCUCCGUACCCCCCACGCGCUCUGUCACCCUCUUCCUCCGUGAUUUCAGCGGCGUCGCUUACACGACCGGCACUGAGCUCGACAAUGAUCAUAAGGAAAUCCACCUCUCCUUACCGUACAUUAAACAUUGUACUACCCUCGCAGAUCCGGUUCGAGAAUUAGCGGGUGUGCUCACCCAUGAGCUUGUACAUUGCUAUCAGCAUACAGCACCACCCAAGACUGAUGAUGAGCCCGAAAGAAAGAUCCCUCAUCCGCCAGGAGGUCUGAUUGAAGGCAUUGCGGAUUUUGUCCGGUUAAAGGCACGCCUAGAUCCUCCGCAUUGGAAGAAGCCCCAGUCCGCAUCGGAGCGGGAAUCUAAAUGGGACGCUGGAUACCAGCACACUGCUUACUUCUUGGCCUGGAUUGAGGAUGUUCGGGUGGGCGAGGGGGCGAUUGGCAUGUUGAAUGACCGAUUGUUAAGAGUGGGAUAUGUAGGGGAGGAUGAGGAUAAGGAAAAGUCGUUGACCGCUGAAAUUGGAUUUUGGCGGGGACUUUUUGGUAUGGAGGUUGCUGAGUUGUGGGCGGAGUAUGGCCAAUUUCUCGAUGCUGAUGGCAGAAAGGAAUGA